AUGUCUCGAGUUCGUAUUCUCCAUCUUCCUCGUGAUUGCACGGAGGAACAACUGCGGCGUCAUAUUUUAUCUUCUCUUCCUCCAUCCGCUCCUCACAUUGAAAUAACGGAUUGUAUGAUUAAACGAUCAGAUCUCACACGUGGUGGAAAGGGUGUGAUUCGUAUGGCUUUCAUGGGAUUUCGCAAUGCCGCGAGUGGACAUUUUGUGGUGCGGCACUUCAACGGCACGUACUUUGGAAGUGCGAAACUUCGCGUGGAGGUCGCAAAGGGCCUCGGUGAAGUUGGCAUCACAACAAAUAUGAAAAAGAAAAUGGAGGCAUCUCAACAACAACAACAACAACAACCGUCCAAGAUUGGAGGAGGAGGAAAGGGAGGAGAUCUUGUUAAUAAUAAUAAUAAUAAUAAUAAUAAUAAUAAUAAUAAUAGUGCUGGUGCUGGGGUAAAGCGUAGUCGAGAAGCCACGCAGGAUGGGAAAAGUGAAGAUGAAGAAAAAGAUGAACAAUCACGCCGUAGGAAAGAACGUUUAGAUGAAUUCAUCACCGAACGUACAAAGGCAACAUCUGGACCAACGUGGGCCUCUGAGGUGUUAUUGCCGGAAUCUACAAAUGUGAAUGUAGAUCCAAAUACAGAUGAAAUGUUGGGAACUCACCUUUCAUUACAAGAAAGAGAAAAAGAAAGAGAAGAAGAAGAAGAAGAUCCAGAAGAAGCUGAAAGACGGGCAUUAGAACGACAACAGGCAUUAGGGGAAGUAAGUGAUAUGGACUUUUUAGCCUCAUUGGCAAAUAAAAAAGAUAACACUAGUCAACCUAUGAAAGAUACAGAGGAUAAAGAAGUUGAAGAUACUGAAAAAGAAAAAGAAGAAGAGGGACAAGAAGAACAACAACAAUGUACACUGACAUCGUCUACAGUGGUAGAUGAACAAGAGGCCAUUGUAUACGAAAGUCGUCGAGUGCGAAUAGGUAAUAUUCCCUUUAUCGCUACUGAAGAUGAUGUGAAACAGUUUGCCUCUUCACUAGUUGGUCCUGUGGAGUCUGUACACAUUCCACUCACACGUGAUACCCGCCAAAGUAAAGGAGCCGCAUUUGUGAAAUUUACUCGAGUAGAAGACGCACUGCGGGCAUUAACCAUGUGUCGUGGAGCUGUCUUUAUGGGCCGCCUAUUGCGUGUAAGUGCGGCGGAAGAUGAUCCAUAUACAAAGAAAUUAGAAGAAGGAGGAGGUGGUGGUGGGAUGGGAUUAGCCGGCAGCAGUGAGUUUAAACGACAGAAGGAACAACAACAACGACAGAAUGAGAAUGGAGGUGCCAUGGCGUGGAGCUCUACUUAUAUGAGUAGUCAUGCCGCUGUGGAGACUGUGGCCAAACGGCUUGGCGUUACCGCAGGAAGUGUUGUUUCUGUAGAAGCACGUGGGGCUGCUGUGCGUGCUGCCAUUGCGGAAGCCUAUUUAACGACAGAGAUACAGCAAGUAUUAGGCGAUGAGGGUAUUGACUUUGGUUUACUGGAGAGUGCUCAGCAGAAUUUGUUAAAGGCACGUAGUAACACUACUAUUCUUGUAAAGAAUAUUCCAGCCGCAACAACAGGAGAUGAUGCGGCAGAGUUAACAAAAAUGUUUCUUCGUUAUGGUUCUUUAGAAACCACCGCAUUUCCCUCUGCUGGUACUUUUGCAUUAUUUCGAUAUGUUCAUCAACAGGAUGCUCGUGUGGCUUUUCAACGACUUUCAUAUAAAUUGUUUAAGAAUUCCCCACUCUUUUUAGAGUGGGCACCUAUUGGGGCUAUUACAGAUGAUACUGAUAGCAAUGAUGAAGAUAAUGAUAAAAAUAAUAAUGAUAAUAAUAAUAAUAAUGACGCGGAUGGGGAUCUACCUAGUGGAAAGGCUGCCUUUGCUCCAGUCUUAACGCUAUUCAUCACAAAUAUUCCCUUCACUUCUAAAGAAGAUGAAUUCUAUACUUUUAUGUUGGAUGUCUGUCCGCGACUCGCAAAGGCACCUGAAAAGCACGUGGAGCGACUGGCCUUUGAGCAAGAUAAAGGACGUGCGUUUCUCACAUUGCGUGAUGAAAGUACAUUUACAUAUGUACUUCAAAGACUUAACGGGAAAAGCUUUGCUGGACGAACUCUCGCAUGUGUGGCGAGUAAACAUACAGCCGCCGCCCUCGCAGCGAAAACAUCAUCUGUACCUUCAUUAUCCGGUACUAGAGCUAAUAUUAAUAAUAUUAAUAAUAAUAAUACUGCAGGUGAUGAGGAUGAAGAUGAUGUAACGAAGUUAGCGGCUGUUAUUGCCCGCAGAGGAACAACAACAACAGGAACAUCAUCUUCACAUGGAAAUCAUGUACCCCCUGGUUGUGAUCCACUCAAGUUGGUGGUAAAGAAUGUGCCCUUUGAGGCUACAGAGCGGGAUAUACGAGAUCUCUUCUCCGCAUUCAGUGAGAUUCGUAGUGUACGUCUACCGCGUAAGAGUCAUCAAUUCACAACCCAUCGUGAGAAUAAUCACCGUGGUUUUGCGUUUGUGGAGUUUCUCUCUGAGGAAGAGGCGAAGCGGGCGAUGGAAACACUUAAGGCCACACAUUUGUAUGGUAGACAUUUGGUACUGCAAUACGCAAAGCUGGAUGACCGGUAA